UCUCAAUACCUAGACUUGGAAGAUUGUGGCGAGCCGAUUUGUCGGAAUCUCUGAAGAAGACACCGCGGAAAGCGGCUCAGUUGGCUUCUUGUCAGUGCGUAGAGUUGGUCAUUCUCGGAACAGCAAACCCUUUAUGGCAGGGUUCCAAUCGAGUGUGCUGGAUGUGGCAUUUGAUAAGAUCGGCAAAAAGUAUCCGUCGUUUAAGCGCGAGACCGGAAGAAAAAUGAUAGAUGGCUUGUCGGGUGUUUACAAGUCUUUUAAGAAUCGCCGGCAGAAGAAAGAGAGUGAAAAUGGGUCAACUAAUCCCAGUUCAGAGGAGGAAAUGAAACUCAUCCGGAGGGAUUCUGACAGGAAGUCUGAAGUGGUGGAAGUAAAGUGUGAUAAUGACACAGAUAAGGACUCGAAUAAGGAUAAAGAAGAGACACAGAAGACUGAUGAUAGUGAUGAUUGUGAUUUUCUCACGGCGGAUGAAGAUGAAAAUCCUGAUGAGGAAAAGGAGAAGAAAGAUAAGACUUCUGGAGAUGAGGAUGAUCCUGAGAAAGGUCUAAAGCCAAAUGAAACUGUUGUCGAUUGCGGACCUGCAGGCGUGGAGCCUCACCACAAACCGAAGGGCGUCGAUAUAUCUCAAUACCUGCAGAAGAAGAGCAUGGCUCAGGGGAUGCUAGAUUUGGCCUUGCUCUCAGCCAAUACCAAUCAACUUCGCUACAUUCUCGAAACCCGGGACGAUAAUAUGUACUUUUACGUGAGCAUUACUCUCAUCAUCAGCAGCCUCGUCCUGCAAGUGGCUGUGGGCAUUAUGCUGAUCUGGAGUCACCGCUUCAAUAUGAGGAGGCGCAGUGGAAUGGCUUCUGCGGAUCGCAUAAACAAUCUCUCAGUCCUGGGCGUCUUCCUGAUCACGUUAAUAAACGUCUUCAUCAGCACUUUCGGCGGAAGCAGUGCAUCUGGAGCUGCUCCAGCUCCAAAUAUUCCUGUUCCGUCUCCCGAUGCUCCAAAACCUCCUCCAGUGGACGCUACACUUCAAGCGCCAGUCGCCCCAAUGGACCCGGGAAUAGCCAUUGCGUGAAUUUAAUGACCUCACACAACUGAGUAAUUAAGCCAGCAUAAACCAAAUGAUGAGACUUGGCGGACUUUUGCAACUCUCAAUGCUCCAAAGAGUCUACCUUGAGUCAUUUUGCUAAAAAAAAUUAUGUGAUCUGUAGGUGGAGAAUUUUCGAGAUAAAGCAUGGAUAGUGAUAUUGCAUAACCCUUCUCGGGAAUUCCCGAC